GUGCGAAGUCCUUGUUAACAGUGUCAGACUCAGUCAUCAGGAACAUGAAAUUCGCUGCCGCCGUUCUGCUCCUGACGUUCAUCGCCGUGCAGUCAGCCGAAGCAAUAAAAUGUUAUCAAUGCGAAGUGGGCGGUGAUUGCAAGAAGGAGGUGGAGUGCGCCGGCUCUUGCACAAAAUCCUCAACCACAACAGCCGGAGUGACCGCCGUUAUUCGAGCCUGUUCUCCAGCCAAGCUCGAAAACGGGUGCAAGAACACCACCACAGCAGGUAUCAAAACCAACCUCUGUUCCUGUGACUCUGAUUUGUGCAACACCGGCGUCGUUAGUCAUGUUGCCAUUCCCCUCAUGGUGGUCGCCGUUCUCCUUGGUCGCCUCAUGUAGACAAUAAAAGAGAGAGAAAGGGAGGAAAGAGAGAAAAGGAGGAAAGAGAGAGAAAAGGAGAGAGAGAGAGAGAGGGGAAGAACUCCCCAUGUAGGAUUUGUCUGAGGGAGAUUUUUGUUUUUCUUUUUUCCUAUGAUUGUUAUUCUUUCUUUUGUUGUGUUUUCUUGAUAUUAAGUUGAUGGGUCUUGAUUUUAUGGAAUGCCAAAGAGAAUAUAAAUCUACGGCAAUCUAUGUUUUUAAAAAAUCUACAAAACUACAGAUCAGUGAAAAUCAUUUACUUAACUAACUAGCUUUCCUGCACGUGACGUGUAAGUUCUCGAAAGCACUAGAGAAAUGACCAUUCUUCUAUCUGUAUUUACAUCAACAUCUUUUCUUUUCUUUUUUCCUUUUUCCUGACCCUCUCCCUCUUCAAAUUAUGGACAUCCUGCGCCCCCCAGCCACUCACUGCAUUUUUGCCAUCAUCAUAAUGAAAUCUCCCUUUGUUUACAUUCUUCCCCGUUUGGUACCCAUUCAACGGCAUAGAGACAAAACCGCUGCCACCAAUUUUCAGCAGUCUAUGUCCAGACGGGUACACGGUCAAGCCACUUGUGUCUUCUGCCUUGUUCUUCACAUAUUUUCGUGCAUCUUGAAUUCAAUAAAGGAUCACCAAGGAUUUCAUUAGCUAAAUUAUCAGACGAUUAUGGUUUAUGAUCUAACAACAGAUUGUCCCGGUUUUGUACACAGCUGAAGAAAAAUAAAAUACAAUACAAAUCUGCGGUGAACAUGAGAGUGAGGAAACAAAAAGAUAAAUAAAUAAAUGAAUAAAUCAGUAAAUGAGAUAUGGAAAUUUUAGGCUGGUAUUAUAUAUUACAAUUUUCUCCUGGAUAUGCAAAAUUCUCAAAAGAGGUCGACCACGGAGUUAAGAAAAGAAGAAGAAGAAAUAGAAAAAUAAAAACAAAAUUUCCUCUAAGAUACACAAAUAAAUUAAGCCAUAAAUAAAUAUAAAUGGUUCCAGCUGUAUCAAAAUACCUCCUUGUUACAUCAUCAUCAUAGUCGGUGCUUUUGAUGAUGACAUUUCUUCAUAAUUGCAAAGAAUUUUGGUCGCACAAAUAAAAUAAAUAAAACAA